AUGGCAACCCCACGCUCCCUCCGCUCCUUCUUCGACUUCACCACUCCCAACCUGCUCGACGCCGACUUCUCCACUCUCCAACUCAUCUCCCGCGCCAGCCAUGAUGCCCUACAAACCGAACUCGCCACUCUCCGCUCCCAGAUUGCAGAGAAAGAUGCAAUGCUCUCCACAAUGUUCAUCCAGCAACACGCCACUGCCGCAGAGUCCAAACCCCCCUCUGCCGCCGAGCCCCCAAUCGACUUUGGGAUCCGCGAAGCGCACGUGGAAUCGCUGACCGCCAAGAUCGACGCCCUGUCAGAGCAGAAGCGGAAGCUGGCACUCGCGCUCGAGACGGCACAAGAAUCGCACAUAGCAAAAGUCGACGCCCUGGCAGAGCAGAAGCGGAAGCUGACGCUCGCCCUUGAGACGGCACAGGCAAAGUCCCGUGCACUCGCGGCGGAGGUCAAGAAUAUGCGGGAGCGGCAGGCGCGCGAGGAGCACGAGAAGAAGUAUGCGGCACUCGAAGCGCAGUACAGGACCGUUGCCUCAGAGCUCGAGGCCCGUAGGGCUGAGAACGACCGGUUUGCAUUGGAGCGGUCGACGCUGACGGCGAAGGUUAGGGCUCUGGAGUCAGGUGGUGGUCUUGGUGCUGCUGCUGCAGCGGCGGCGGUGGCGAAUAGGGAGGGGAUGGAGGCACUGAAGACUGAGAAUGAGAGGUUGAUGUUGAGGCUCAAGGCGUUUGAGGAUGGCAAUGCCGCGCUGAAUAAGAAUAUCGCGGCGCAGAAUAAGACGAUUGGAGUGCUGAAGACCGUGGCGAAUACUAACGAAAGGUGUAAUGUCGACCUACAGAAGAAGAAUUUGGACCUUGUGGCCGAGAUAAAUGCGAUGGAAACGCAGUACGAAGAGACGAUGAAGAAGAAUAUCGUGCUGGAGAGAAAGAAUGGAGAGCUGGAGGAUGAAAAGGCCGUACUGGAGGAUCAACUGAAGAAAUUGGCCGAGAAAAGCGAAACUGCCUCCAAAGAGGAUACACAGCAGAUAGAAGGAUUGAAGAAAAAGUUUGAGGAGUCUGAAAAAACCCUUCGAGCCAAGAUAAAUCAACUGCAGGAUAACAUAAAGCGGCAAGUGGCUGCAUUCAAGCAAUAUCAAGAAAAAACCCAGUAUUUAACAGAAAACAAUGCAAGGUUUCUUGAGGAUAAAAAGGCUGUAGAAAAAAAACUACAAUCAGUACAGGUUGAGCGGGCCCGUCUUGACAGCGAAUUGAUCGAGAUCCGGGUCAAGCUGUUUAGGACGGAAAAGACUGUAACUACAACUAGCGCACGAGGUGCAGACCUCGAGGUUGCAAAUAAGAAACUUAUUGAUCAGAACCAAUACCUUUCCCGGAGGUUUGAAACACAAACCCAAACGCAGCAAAGUCUUAAAAGCGAGAUUGUAACCCUAGAGGAGCGCUCCGAGCGCAUGUUGGGUGAAAUACACACCCUCCGUCAGGACAAAGCCCGCCUCAAUGAUAAUAUCGACAACCUCAUCAGCCAGCUCAAUGGACGAAGGGGAUCCACGGAACGAAAUGACCAGCUUGAACUGUUCCCCACAAAGCUAAAUGGGACUAACAACUCCAACGGCUCAGUCGCCAAACCCCUGACACCCAUAUCGCCGGGCACCACCCGCGGCACCAAGCGUACCGCCGAAGAUCAAGAUGAUACUGCCCAAACACCGACCACAUCCCGCAGCAACUUCACCAUCCGGGCCCUCGCCGACACCCCUAAAGUCCCGCAGGCAGCACAGCCAAUCCCGACACACCCACCGCCAUCCCCUCCCCAGCGCUCCCUCUUCGACCGUGUCAAGCAGCCCUCACAGCAGCAACAGUCCUCCGACCCCCGCUCCCUCUUCGACCGGAUCAACACCAACACAUCCAUCGACCACGAAAUCGACACGCUCAUAACCGCCUCCAAGGACUCCCCCCGCGGCGUCUUCUGCCGCCUCCGUGGCCCCCCACCCGGCGUCGCAGACCUCCUCGACCUCAUCUCCGGCGGCCCCCUCGAGUCCGUCCGCAUCGCCCUGGAAAAAGACGUCGCUUUUCUAUGGUUCCUCCGUCCCAGCGACGCAUCCGCCUUUAUGACCCACUCCGCGGUGAAGAAGCUCCCCAACGUCGAGUUCGCGUGGAACGAGAAGCCUGUGCGUAUGCUCGAUAGGGACCUUGCUACACAAGUAGUGCGUUACGGCGCCAGCCGUGUCUUUAUCCUCCACUGCGUCCCGAAUGAAGUGCCAUUGCAGCGCAUUGCGUCCGAUGUUGGCGGGAAGAGGAUCGCGUUCUGGCUGUGCGAGGGCGCGACUGGAAGGGUUACGGCGGACGGCCGGACGAAGGGACGAGAGGUGGUGAUUGAGUUUACGGAACUUAGGGAUGCGGUGGAGGCUCGGAAGAGGCUCGGGGGUGACUUUUGGUGCGAGGCGAGCUGGAUGAGGGAGGGGUGUGAUCGCACGGUUCCGAAGGUGGAGUUGUUGUAG